UUGUCUUUUAAAGAGAACACCACCGAAAGAAAAGGAACAAAAGCGGUCAGAAAAUGGAGUUUUAUCUGUUUUGGUCGAAGUAGUCAUAGGUAGAUGGGCCGAACCCAACGACUGGGAAGCCACUCCCUCUAGGCCUGCGUAUUGCCCAUACUCGCCAAUCCAAAAGGAAGAGUGGGAGACCGAGACACAGAUUACAGAUAGAUUUACAGCGGUGAACGUUUGAGAGAUCGAUGGAGUACCGGUGCGUCCAGUGCGGGUUUGGGAUCAAAACACUGUUCGUGCAAUACUCGCCCGGCAACAUUCGACUCAUGAAAUGUGAGAAUUGCAGGGCGGUCGCUGAUGGGUAUAUCGAAUGUGAAACCAUGCUUCUUAUAAUUGAUUUGAUUCUGCACAAGCCCAAAGCAUAUAGACAUCUACUCUAUAACAUGCUUAAGCAAGAACUUGCAAAUCUCGAGGGUUUAUGGUGGAAGUCAACUUUUGGUUAUCUUUUUUUGGAUGCUUACAGGAGUCUUGUUUUAAAAAGUAGUAAGGAAGAAUGGGGUUUGUCCAUGAGCUUUUCUUCAUUACUUUGGACUUGUGGAAAGAUUUUGACAGAUGUAUUUUUUGAGAACUUUUUGUUUCUUUGUACCUUUCUUCUUGCAACGAAGAUAUUUCUGAGCAGAUUACCUGGAGCCCCAAGGAACAAAGACCUUGUGCUUGCAAUCUUGAUUUCAAGUUACUUCAAGAUAUUUCUUAUUGCCAUGAUGGCCUGGGAGUUUCCAUCUUCUGUGAUUUUCAUCAUUGAUUUAUUUGUUUUAUCAUCCAACACAAUGGCAGUAAAAGUGAUAACCGGAUCAGCAAUGAGUAGAUGCAUAGGAGCCUGCCUCAGUGCGCAUGCUGUUAAAGUUUUGACCUCUCAGAUGCUCUAGCUAAUAUCUUUGAGAUAUGCAAGGUUCUUCGGUGGUUAAUACCCCUGAUAUGUCUUUUGAAAUACAGCUAAACAGAGAAUAACUUAUGUUUUAUCUUGUAUUUAUUAGUAUUUGUUUUUCCUACUGAUGCAGUGGCAGUGGGAUUAACCGGUGUGAGUGUAUAUGUAAAUUUGCGGAAUAGAAUUUGCAUCUAUGUUAUAUCCCCAUCAAAGUUGAAUUGGUCUAUUGGGGCUCUGAUUAGCAUUCCAAUUAAAAAAUUAGAAUUGCUGUGUGGAAUCAUUUUCAA